AUGACGAUCAGAAGUCUCCUCACUGCCGCUGCCGUCCUUUGCCUCACCCUCGCGGCCGUCGGCGGAGCUGUCGGCGGCUUCGUCGUAAGCGAGGGGCCGGCACCGCAGAUCCGCCCGCAGAGACAGAGCCACCUCCGCGUCUACUUUCACGACAUCGUCAGCGGGCGCAGCCCCACCGUCGUGCAGAUCGCGCGGGCGGCGAGGACGAACGCCUCGGCGACGUUCUUUGGCGCGGCGUACGUGAUGGACGACCCGCUGACGGAAGGGCAGGAGAUGAGCUCCAGGCUGGUGGGGAGGGCACAAGGGCUGUACGUGUCGGCGUCGCAGAGAGAGCUGGGGCUGAUCAUGGCCAUGAACUUCGUCUUCACGGAUGGCCGGUACAAGGGCAGCACCAUCACCCUCCUGGGGAGGAACACCCCCUUCUCCAAGGUGAGGGAGUUGCCCGUCAUCGCCGGCAGCGGCCUCUUCAGGUUCGCCACAGGUUACUGCAGGCUCACGACUCACCGAUUGGAUCUCACAACCGGGGAUGCCGUGGUCGAGUACAACAUCUUCCUCCUCCACCAGUGA